AUGUCUCUUGGAAGGAGAUGGAACAUAUCGUGCCUCAAACAACCUUCUGAAAAUUGUCAGCGUUCAUUUAGUGUACUUUUAGAGCAGCCUGAUGAAAAGGAGGUUCUUUACUUUGAAUCAGGGGCUAUCACCGAAUUAAAUCGUCACGAUUUUUCACCAAUAAAAGAUCUUUUUAUGAAAGUCGAUAGUGCAUUCUGUUGUUUGGGAAUAUACAGAUCUAACUAUUAUGAUUCAGUUCUCAAAACAUCACUCGCAUUUCUCGUAUACGUUACUGAAUGCCAUAUGGUUGGUAAGCUUCCGAGUUUUGAAGUCUAUCGAAUCACAAAUGUGCAGUUUUUGUGUCUAAACAAGAAAUUAAGUGAAGAGGAUCCUUGUUCUGAGAUAAAGAAACUUCUUUCCUGUGGUGCGUUUUAUUUCGCUAAAGAUCUUCUAACCAGACUCCCUUAUGAUUUAACUCGAUGUGCACAAAACCAUUUUCACAAUACUCAACUUAAUGGACUAACGUUUGACACCUACGAUCACCGGUUUCUAUGGAACCGUGGAUUAAUGGUACCAUUCUUUCAACAAUGUAUAUCCCCAUCAAAGUGGAUUUAUCCCAUUAUUUGUGGAAGCUUCGGUGUGUUAACACUCUAUGCAGGGCAACAGCGUUCUCAAAUUGGCAUUGUUUCGCGCCUUUCUUCCCUUCGCCCUGGUACGCGUUUCAAUGUUAGAGGUGUAGAUGACAAUGGCUAUGUAGCUAACUUCGUUGAGACCGAAGUUUUCAUCAACGUGAACAAGCAGGUUUUAAGCCAUGUGCAAAUCCGUGGAACUGUGCCGUUGUUUUGGGAGCAACCGGGUCUUCAAGUGGGCUCACAUAAAAUCGUUUUUCGUUUUGUGGACACUUCCCUCAGGCCGUUCAAUCGGCAUUUCGCUGAAAUUAUGUCCCGAUACAAUGACACUAUCAUCGUUAACCUCAUGAGUAAGAGGGGCAAUGAAGGGAAACUCUCUAACUUCUACGAAAAUUGCCUGGAUGUCUCUGAUUAUAAGUCGAAAAUUGCCUACAUUCAUGUUGACUACCAUGCGGUUGUGAAUGCAAAAGGCAUAGAUGGCGUUUGGCCCUGUCUGGCGUCUUUGGAGGAACGGUUGAAUAAUUGGGGUUUCUUUCAUUUUGAUGGCAGUGAAGUGAAACAACUCCAAAGAGGCGUUGUGCGAACGAACUGCGUGGACUGUUUGGACAGGACAAAUGUAGUGCAGGCAAUGAUCUCCGUGAUAGUACUUAGAUCACAAUUUUUCAAAGCUCUGAGUUUUCUCUCAAACGGAAAUUCCAACGCGGAGAGACGAGCUCAAGAAAUCUUUCAAAAUUUAUGGGCAGAAAAUGGGGACAAUGUGAGUCGAAUCUACACAGGGACAGGUGCUCUGUGCGGGGACAGAUCAAAGUUCAAGAUCGUUCAACGCAGUGCCACUAGAACCAUCAAAAACAAUUUCUUUGACACAGCUAAACAGGAAGCCAUGGUCGCCCUCCUCAAUAGUUCCAGUCUCUCUGGUUGGCAGCGUCUUGUUGCCGGCCAAUUCCUACCUCGGCAACUACAUUUCCUUCCUCAAUCUGUUCUACAGAGUAUUCUUGAUCGUAAUGCGGAGUUUACUCGCCGGGAAAGAUUGAAGGUGUUUGUGGGCACAUGGAAUGUGAAUGGAGGACGAUCUGUGCGUUCUCUGGCUCAUCAGGAUGACAAUAUUGCCGAUUGGUUGUUGGAAAAAGAGAAGAGAUACACAGGCUACGUUAAUCCUCAUGCAGAUCCAGAAGCAUUCUCUCGUCCAACGGACAUAUUUGCCAUUGGAUUUGAGGAAAUUAUUGACCUGAAUGCUGGCAAUGUUGUGGCUGGUAAGCAGAGUUCUGAAAGCCAGACAUACUGGGGCACAACAAUGCAAGCUUUAUUUAAUCAGAAUGCUGAAACAGACGAACCAUACGUCCUCCUCUGUACAACACAACUAGUCGGGGUGUGCAUAUACGUUUUCCUUCGAAUUGGUCUCCGUGACUACGUUCGUGGACUCUCUUCUGCAUCCGUUAAGACAGGACUGCAUGGGAAAGCUGGCAAUAAAGGAGCCUGUGCUGUAAGAUUUCAAAUAGGUUCGACCUCCCUGUGUUUCUGCUGCUCCCAUCUAACUGCCGGCCAAUCAGCUGUUAAAGAGCGCAAUGCCGAAAUGCACGACAUUUCCCAGCGCUUGAUUCUAGGACCAGAUAAGCGUAAUGUCCUCAUGCAUGACUACGUCUUUUGGUUUGGUGAUCUCAACUAUCGUAUUGAUCUACCCAACGACGAAGUGAAGUCACUAAUCGAUCGAUCCGCUUGGUUGGACUUGGUGAGAUCUGAUCAGCUUUCAGUGCAAAGGGAGGCUAAAGAAGUGUUUCGUGAUUUCAGUGAAGGUCCAUUAUGUUUUGCUCCGACUUAUCGGUAUGAUUUAUUCAGCAAAUCUUAUGACACUUCUGAAAAGCAACGCUGCCCAGCAUGGACUGAUCGUGUGCUCUGGCGAAAAGCGAAACUGGUCUUUAAGAAGUCAAACAGUCCACCUAUGAAUGAUGGCAGUAAUGGGAAAAGUAUUGAUUCCAGUGACGACGAGAAAUUACUCCACAAGAAUUUGCUAGUUUAUUACCGAGCAGAAAUCAGAACUAGUGAUCAUCGACCUGUUGCUGCAGUUUUUGAUAUCGACAUUCAAGUGCCGAAAAAGCGUCGCCAAGUGGUGGAGGAGGAACUCCUUGCAGCAGGACCUGGUGAUGCCACUGUUCGAAUCACUUGGAGCUGUGAAAGUGGUGAGGUUAAGGCCUAUGACAUCUACCAGUCUAUUGUCGAGUUGGCCAGCUCGGCUGGUACCAUCAUUCUGUCUCGAUUUCAAGAAAGCGAUCAACUUCUUCUCACUUUCUCUUCACCGUAUGAGGCCGUUGAAGCUGUUCGUUGUUUAACUGGCAACAAACUGACAAUGGAGACUUCAGCUCAGCAGGUCGUUCUCUCAGUUCGUCUGAAUUCCACUCCACGACUCCCGAUUGAAUCUCCUAAAACGUUCAUUACUCCACGCAAUUUUGCUAGCGUUCUCGCAGCAGGUUCGGGGUCUUUUGAUUCUGGGACACGGGAAUGGUUAGUAAACAUGCAGAAACUGGUUAAUGAGGCCGAAGACAACUAUAUUCUCACCCAUGGAAGUCCUCCUGCAUCUGCUGUCUUCCAGCCAACCAGAAGCGUGGAAAGUUCUCGAGCCAAAGAAAACAGUAAUACUGAUGGGUUGCGUCGACAACCCAUUAGUACCAUAAUAUCAGCGGAGGAUCUAAAUCUCAUCAAUCUAUGGGAUGAUGACUUUGAUGAUGUCACGACGACCGUAGCAACAAGAGAAUGUGAGGCUGUUUUACAAUCCACUUCUUCCCUUCGUGGUAAGCCACAUUUAUGUGGGCAAUAUGUCGAGGUGAAAUUCCUAACCACUCCAUUGAAUCAACUGAUCAAUAGCUCUUUUGAUGAUAUUCUUUUAGUUCCACCACGACCUCCACCGCCAGUUCCUUCGGCUCCCACUUCCGGUUCAAAUAUACCGGAUUUCUCUGUAUUGAAGCAACUCCUGCCGCCCCCACCAGGCCUCCAUCCAGUGCACAGCUGCAGUGAUCUUUUAAAUGAGGUCAGUAAUGUGGAUGAUUACAGUGGAGGUACUGGCCCAAUAAUUGCUCAGGAAAUUGGGCGUGAUCUCCAGCCACCAGCUCCACCACGGAAUGCAUCGGCAACCGUCUCUCCUCAGCACAUCAAGCCCGUUCAACUUCUAGCACCACCAAAGCGUCUUCCUCCUCCACCCCCUUGCGUCGAACCACCAAUAACUUCCUGCUCUACUGUUCAACAGAGACAGCAAUCGACAUUUAGUGUCUUUUCCUCAUCGCAAUCUCUCAUUGGUGUUUCUCCGAUGUAG